CCUCUACCUCCCUAGUAAAAAGCACACAUGGAUUUGUGUGUUUGAUUGGAUUAUUUCUGUCUAGUGCUGUGUUCUAGCAGAAAAGGAUAUAGGAUUGAUCCUCCCCUGCCAAAGAGUUUGUUCACUGGGAAGUCAGAUAUACUUCUUUCCAAGCUUGUCUAUUAAUAUUCUCUGAGUUACUGGAAAGUGUAACAAGUGGAUUUUCCACCAUCUUGCAGUACAUUUGUCUCUACAUGUGGAAAUGGAGAAAAAUGAAGAUCAUUUCUUCUCUGGGGAAAAUGCAGAAGACAAUAACUUUUGAACAUAAACAAGGGAUGCUGGAUCUUUGAGUUUAAAGUGCCCUCUGCUGUCUGAAAUCCCCUGUUCAGUUGAUGUAGUCCACCCAAGGACGUCAUGGUAAAGGGCAGAUUUGUGGGCAGUUCUUUCUGUUGGUCAGGUCAUCAGAAAUGCAGGAAGGCAGGAUCAUGGUGAGUCCAGACAUCUUUGCAGCAACAGACUUCAAGAUCACUGUCCCAGAGCUGCAGCAUUUGAUGGAGUUUCGAAAGAAAGAGGCAGUGUUGAAAAUAAAGGAAAUGUAUGGUGACGUCUUUGAAAUCUGUGCACGACUGCAGACUUCUCCCACACUUGGGAUACUUGGUUCCCAAUUAGAAUUAGACAUAAGGAAAGCUAUAUUUGGAAAGAACUUUAUACCUCCUAAAAAACCCCUAACUUUCCUGGAAUUAGUAUGGGAAGCACUGCAGGAUAUGACAUUAUGUAUCUUAGAAGUUGCAGCCAUCAUAUCAUUGGGGCUUUCUUUUUAUAGUCCACCUGGAGGAAGUGUUGCAGCAUGUCAUGCAAGUGAUAUUGGAGGAGAAUAUGAAGAAGGGGAGGCUGACUGGAUUGAAGGAUUUGCAAUACUUAUAUCUGUAGUUUGUGUCGUGUUGGUAACAGCUUUCAAUGACUGGAGUAAGGAAAAACAAUUCAGGGGGUUGCAGCAUCACAUCGAAAAGGAACAGAAGUUUACUGUCAUCAGGAAAGGGCAGUUAGUGCAGGUGCCACUAGCUGAGCUAGCGGUUGGGGAUGUUGCACAGAUCAAAUAUGGUGACAUUUUGCCAGCUGAUGGUUUGCUUCUACAAGGGUAUGAUCUAAAAAUUGAUGAGAGUUCCCUCACAGGGGAAUCAGAUUAUGUCAAGAAAUCUUUGACAGGGGACCCCAUGUUGCUUUCAGGUACCCAUGUGAUGGAAGGCUCUGGAAAAAUGGUGAUUACAGCAGUAGGUAUGAACUCACAAACAGGAAUUAUCCUUGCUUUACUUGGAGUUGGAGAGGAUAAUAAGAAAGCAAAUCAGACAGACAAAAAACACAAAAAGCUAGGUGACUCUUCUGAGAGCAGCAAGGAAGCUAUCAAAAGGGUGCCAGAGAUUGCUGGAAACAAAACAAAGGAAAAAGAACGAACUUUAAAACAGAGUUCACACAAAAAGGAAACAUCAAUUCUACAAGCGAAACUCACAAGAUUAGCAGUUCAGAUUGGCAAAGCAGGACUGGCAAUGUCAAUAAUCACUGUUACUGUACUUAUAGUCUAUUUUUUAAUUCAAAAUUUUGUGAUUGACAAGCGUACUUGGACUGCUGAAUGUACCCCUGUUUAUGUACAUCAUAUUGUGAAGUUCUUUAUUAUUGGAGUUACAAUCUUGGUUGUUGCAGUACCAGAGGGCCUUCCACUUGCAGUCACCAUCUCACUUGCCUACUCUGUAAAGAAAAUGAUGAGAGAUAAUAACCUAGUGAGACAUUUGGAUGCCUGUGAAACUAUGGGUAAUGCAACAGCAAUUUGUUCGGAUAAAACAGGAACCUUAACUAUAAACAGAAUGACAGUAGUCCAAAUUUUCAUUGGUGACACACAUUAUAAAGAUGUUCCUCAACAUAAUUUAAUUCAUCCAACCAUGCUGAAUUAUCUGCUUAAAAGUAUUUCUCUAAACUGUGCGUAUACUUCUAAAAUACUGCCUCCUGACAAAAAAGGAGGCCUCGCCCAUCAAAUUGGCAAUAAGACUGAAUGUGCUUUACUGGGCUUGCUUGUGGAACUAAAGCAGGAUUAUGAGGCUAUGAGGACUAAGAUAUCAGAAGAGAAAUUGUAUAAAGUCUACACCUUCAAUUCCAACAGGAAAUCAAUGAGCACAGUUUUGAAAAACCCCAGUGGUAGUUAUCACCUCUUCAGUAAAGGUGCUUCUGAACUACUCCUUAAAAAAUGCACCCAAAUAUUGAAUGUUGCUGGAGAACCUGGAUCUUUUUCAAAAAAAGACAGAGAAAAUGUGAUAAAAAAUGUGAUUGAACAAAUGGCCUCUGAGGGACUCCGCACCAUAUGUCUAGCAUUCAAAGAUUUCCCAGCUGGCUCAGAACCAAACUGGGACAAUGAAGAUGAUAUUUUCAAGGACAUGACAUGUAUUGCAAUUAUAGGUAUUGAAGAUCCAGUGAGACCUGAAGUUCCUGAUGCAAUAAGAAAAUGUCAGAAAGCUGGGAUUGUUGUACGUAUGGUGACUGGGGAUAACAUUAACACAGCUUGUGCAAUAGCUGCAAAAUGUGGAAUUCUGCAACCCAGGGAGAAUUUUGAAUGCUUAGAGGGGAGUGAUUUUAAUAGACUAAUACGCAGUUCAGAUGGACAGAUUAAACAAGAGCUUAUCGACAAGAUUUGGCCUACCCUUCGUGUGCUUGCAAGGUCCUCACCUACUGACAAGUACAACUUGGUAGAAGGGAUCAUUAACAGCAAUAUCACAGAACAGAGGCAAGUGGUAGCAGUAACUGGUGAUGGUACUAACGAUGGGCCUGCAUUAAAAAAAGCAGAUGUUGGUUUUGCAAUGGGUAUUGCUGGAACAGAUGUAGCUAAAGAAGCUUCUGAUAUCAUUCUUACUGAUGACAACUUCUCAAGCAUCGUUAAAGCUGUUAUGUGGGGUAGGAACAUAUCUGACAGCAUUUCUAAGUUUCUUCAGUUUCAGCUUACUGUCAAUGUAGUAGCUGUGAUAGUUGCUUUUACUGGAGCAUGUGUCACCCAGAAUUCCCCUCUGAAAGCUGUUCAGAUGCUGUGGGUCAAUCUCAUCAUGGAUACAUUUGCUUCUCUUGCUUUAGCAACAGAAAAGCCAACAGAAAAUCUGUUGGAACGGAAACCUUAUGGUAGAAAUAAACCUCUUAUCUCCCGUACAAUGCUGAAAAAUAUUAUGUUUCAUGCUAUUUAUCAGCUUAUAGUAGUCUUUGCACUUGUUUUUGUAGGUGAAAAAUUCUUUGAUAUUGAAAAUGGACGAGUUGCAACAAUGCAGUCCCCACCUACCCAGCAUUACACUAUUGUAUUUAACACAUUUGUAAUGAUGCAGAUCUGUAAUGAAGUUAAUGCACGAAAGAUUCAUGGGGAAAGGAAUGUUUUUUCAGGAAUAUUCACAAAUUCCAUUUUUUGUUGUGUCAUCAUGGGGACAUUGAUUGUACAGGUCAUCAUUGUUGAGGCUGGAGGGAAGCCCUUUAGCUGUGCAAAGCUGACACUAGAGCAAUGGCUAUGGUCAAUCUUCUUUGGCAUAGGAACAUUACUAUGGGGACAGCUAAUAGUGUAUAUUCCAAACAAGUAUCUGUGGUUCCUGACUGCAGUUGGUGAGGGACCACCAAAACAGGAAAUUACUGAAGAACUAACUGAAGGCAUAGUGAUUGACUAUGGUGAACAGGAACUGCGGCGCAGUCAGAUUUUGUGGUUUAGGGGCCUGCACAGAAUACAAAUGCAGUGUAGAGUAGUGAGAGCAUUUCGUGAACCCUUCUAUAGUAAUGAUGUGCAUUCAGCAUGUAACAAUAAAACUGCCUAACAGAAGUAGUGGCUCUGAAA